CCAUCAUUCCCUUCUUCGUUUCCCCAUCUCUUCGCUGUCAAUGACCAACUGCGGUGCCUUAUCCCAUGUGCAAUAGACCAGGAUCCUUAUUUUAGGAUGACUCGUGAUGUUGCUCCGAGAAUUGGUUAUCAGAAACCAUCACUGAUCGAAUCAAGAUUUUUCCCUGCUCUUCAGGGAGAGAACACAAAAAUGUCGGCCAGUGACCCAAACUCUGCGAUAUAUGUGACAGAUACUCGCAAAGAAAUAACAACAAAGGUGAAUAGAUACGCCUUCUCAGGUGGCCAGGACUCGGUAGAGCUCCAUAGAAAACUUGGAGCUAACCUUAAUGUGGAUGUCCCGAUCAAGUACCUAAACUUCUUCCUUGAAGAUGAUGAUGUGCUCGAGCACAUAAAGAAGGAGUAUAAGGAAGGUAGGAUGCUGACAGGUGAAGUGAAGCAACGACUCAUAGAAGUUCUAUAUGAGCUGGUUGCUAGACAUCAAAGGGCCCGAGCUCAAGUGACCGAGGAGAUGGUUGAUGCGUUCAUGGCAGUGAGGCCUCUUCCUAAUAUGUUUGGCUGAGCAUCAUGACAAGAACGGAUGGACAUUUUUGUUCCCUGGGAGAAUUUUUUUUAGAAUUAUGGGAUCAGCCUACCCUAGUUCCGUGAUUUAUAUUUUCUGGGUUAAUGUGAACCUGACCACCAUCCUGUGUGGUGGCCGCUUGAUUUUGUAAGAUGAAUGCAUCAUGGUUUCAAAUAAAGUUGUCAAUGUAAAAAUCGAGUGUUCUAUA